AUGGAAAUGCAGAAUGAGAGCUUUGUGGCAACAUUCAUCCUCACAGGGAUUCCCCAUACACCAGACCUGGGGACCACUCUCUUUGCAAUCUUCUUAGUGAUUUAUGCUUUCACUUUGAUGGGGAACCUCCUCAUUUUACUGCUCAUCAAGGUGGACUCCCACCUCUGCACUCCUAUGUACUAUUUCCUGGCCAACCUCUCUUUCAUCGACAUGUGGUUCUCUACUGUCACUGUGCCCAAGAUACUUAUGGGUCUCCUCUCCCCAGAUGGUGGAGUCAUCUCAUUUCAUAGCUGUGUAGCCCAGCUCUAUUUCUUUCAUGGUCUGGGAAGUACUGAGUGUUUUCUCUACACAGUCAUGUCCUAUGACCGCUACUUGGCCAUCACUUAUCCCCUGCGCUAUGCUACCAUGAUGAAUGGGAAAACCUGUGCCCUUCUAGCUGGAAGCACAUGGCUCAGUGGUGCUAUCCAUUCAGCAGCCCAGACUGCCUUGACCUUCCGUCUUCCCUACUGUGGUCCCAAUCAGAUAGAGCAUUAUGUUUGUGAUGCACCACCCAUUCUCAAAUUAGCCUGUGCAGACACUUCAGUCAAUGAGAUGGUGAUCUUUGUUAACAUUGGUGUAGUAGCUUCUGGAUGUUGCUUCAUGAUUUUUCUUUCCUAUGUUUUCAUUGUUCGUGCUAUCCUGAGGAUCCACACAGCAGAUGGCAGACACAAAGCCUUUCAAACUUGUGUUUCCCAUUGCAUUGUGGUCCUUUGUUUCUUUGUUCCUGGACUCAUCAUCUAUCUAAGACCAGGCUCAAAACAUGUUAUGGAUAAUAUUAUAACCAUUUUCCAAACAAUGAUCACACCCAUGCUGAAUCCCUUGGUAUACACAUUAAGGAACAAGGAAGUAAAGAUGGCUUUGAUGAGGUUGAAAGAUAGAAGAAAUUUUUUAUAG